AUGCCGGCCGAAGGCUUCCUCACCUCCGUUCUGGCCCAGCCCAGAUCCGCCACUACUGCCAUCGCUAGAGACGUGGGCAUUUACGCCCACGACCUCCACCCCAUCGCCGCCAUCACGGCCGCCUUCAAGAAGAGCUCCACCCAGGUCAACGGGCUCGCGGCCAAUGCCACCCACAUCUUUGCCGCGCAGGCCGACAAGGCCGCCGUCCACGUAUACGCGAGGGAGAAGGGCACCCAGGAGGCCUUGAUCGCCUUUCCAGAGCGCAUCCACAGCCUAACGCUGCUCGGCGACGGCGUGGUGGUGGUGGGCACAGCCGAAGGACGGGCCAUCCUCUGGGAGGUCUGCACAGGCCGGCAAGUCUCGACACCCACAUCGCAUCUCCAGCCAAUUUCAUGCCUGGCGGGGAACCUGGCGCACCUGAUUACCGGCUCCGACGACUCGAACAUCCACGUCUGGUCAGUUCCGCAUCUCUUGGCCAUGUCUCCGAGCGAAACGUUCGAGCCACUCCGCACCCUCGCCAACCACCGAGCCGCCAUCACCAACCUGGUUGUAGGUCACAGCGCCAGCCGGACAAACAUCUGUGUUUCGGCCAGUCGGGACAAGACCGUUAUUGUCUGGGACUACCUCUCGGGAGAUUUGCUUCGGACGUUUUUGCUCGCAUCCACGCCUCUCUGUUUAGCCCUCGACCCGUGCGACCGGGCCGUCUUCAUUGGCUUCGAGAAUGCUUCGGUGCAGCUCGUCGAAUUCUCUCCGGCCGAAUCGACGCGGAAUCAGCUCUAUGACCACAGCUUGCAGAGUACGCCGGUGCAGGUCACGCAGAGUCCAUGGACCCCGCCGCCCGCCGAAUCGGGUCCGGUGCUCUGCCUGGGUCUCAGCUACGAUGGCACCUGUCUGUUGUCAGGGCAUGAGUCCGGCAAGAUCUUCCAGUGGGACACCCCACGGCGUGCCUUCACUGCCGAGCUAGCGGAUUUGAAUGCGCCCGUGACGAAUCUUCUGAUGCAGCCCGUCUUCCCUCUCAAGAAGCACACCAAGCCAAUAUUCGUUGUCAAGCCCAAACUGGGCGAGAGUAGCUACGUCUACACCGCUCAGUUGCUAGGGUCCCUACACGGCGCCGGCGCCUGUGGUGCCUCUCACGAAGGUGUCCCUUCCGACGUGCUCGAGAAGGCUAUCCUGGGCUUCUCGGGUCCCGCGUCGCAAGUGUCAACUUCAAGAGGAGAUGAACGCCUUGCGACGGAGAAUGACGCACUGUGGAAGAUUGUCAACGAGCAACGCGCACUCCAAAAGAAGACGUGGGAAAAGUACACCACCCUCAAAUCCGGUGGGGUUGCAUCCAACAGCAACCUUGCUUCUUGGGCUUUCGGGCAGAUGUUUGUUUCCCACGUGGAUCCGACGGACUUUUGGCAGAGAAACGUUUCAGCCCUGUCUGCAUUGCCUGCCGCUGGGAUUGUUUGCAAAAGCCGUGGCGGCAUGUCAAUGAUCCCCGUGGCCGCGCGAAGCGAAAACUUGUCCACCCCCUUUGAAACAGCGAUCGUGCUCGAGGUGGUCCCUACUCGUGGACAUGGCACAGCUUGUUGCGAGCCUCACAAACCCAAGGUGUUUGAAAAUGGAUCAAAUGAAGCAAAUCUAGCCAUUGAGGCUGCGAAGGAGUGUGUCGCCGGCCACGCUCCUAAGGCAAUGGCUAACUCCCGCCGUCGCAUUCGCUGA